CACGGCCGACAUGAUAAACCGUCACAUUUGGUAAUUGCUUGCGCUACGCAUCAGACGUCCUCGGAGCAAUAAGCCUACCUUCUUUAAGUACUUGUACCGCCUUCAACAACAAAUCUUCAAUCAUGCGUGAAUGUAUCUCUAUCCACGUUGGUCAAGCCGGAGUCCAGAUCGGUAAUGCCUGCUGGGAGUUGUACUGCCUUGAGCACGGCAUCCAGCCUGAUGGUCAGAUGCCCUCAGACAAGACCAUCGGAGGUGGUGAUGACUCCUUCAACACCUUCUUCAGUGAGACUGGAGCUGGCAAGCACGUUCCUCGGGCCGUCUUUGUCGAUCUCGAACCAACUGUUGUCGAUGAGGUACGCACCGGCACCUAUCGCCAGCUUUUCCAUCCAGAGCAACUGAUCACCGGAAAAGAGGAUGCUGCCAACAACUAUGCCCGUGGGCAUUACACUGUCGGAAAGGAGCUCAUUGAUAUUGUCCUCGACAGGAUCAGGAAGCUAGCUGACCAGUGUACAGGUCUUCAAGGAUUCCUCAUCUUCCAUAGCUUCGGUGGUGGCACCGGCUCUGGCUUUACCUCCCUGCUAAUGGAGCGUCUCUCCGUCGACUACGGAAAGAAGUCCAAGCUUGAGUUCGCCGUCUAUCCAGCUCCACAGAUCUCCACAGCCGUUGUCGAGCCUUACAACUCCAUCCUUACCACUCACACGACCUUGGAACAUUCCGAUUGUGCCUUCAUGGUCGAUAACGAGGCCAUCUACGAUAUCUGUCGUCGUAACCUCGACAUCGAACGUCCCACCUACACCAACCUGAACCGCCUCAUCGGUCAGAUCGUCUCCUCCAUCACUGCUUCUCUGCGAUUCGAUGGCGCCCUCAACGUCGAUCUGACAGAGUUUCAAACCAACUUGGUACCCUAUCCGCGUAUCCAUUUUCCUCUGGCUACCUAUGCUCCAGUUAUUUCUGCCGAGAAGGCAUACCACGAGCAGCUCACUGUUGCAGAGAUCACCAACGCUUGCUUCGAGCCCGCCAACCAGAUGGUGAAGUGCGAUCCUCGUCAUGGUAAAUACAUGUCAUGUUGCAUGCUGUACCGAGGCGAUGUCGUCCCAAAGGAUGUCAAUGCUGCCAUUGCAACCAUCAAGACCAAGCGUACAAUCCAGUUCGUUGACUGGUGUCCAACUGGCUUCAAGGUCGGUAUCAACUACCAACCACCCACUGUCGUUCCUGGUGGUGACCUUGCCAAGGUCCAGCGAGCCGUCUGCAUGUUGAGCAACACAACAGCAAUCGCCGAAGCCUGGGCCCGUCUUGACCACAAGUUCGAUCUGAUGUACGCCAAGCGUGCUUUCGUCCAUUGGUACGUCGGAGAGGGUAUGGAAGAAGGAGAGUUCUCCGAGGCCCGUGAAGAUUUAGCUGCUCUUGAGAAAGAUUAUGAAGAGGUUGGAGUUGAUUCCGUCGAUGCAGAGGGCGAGGAAGAGGAAGGGGAUGAGUACUAGAUAGAGAUCUCAUCAUCUAUUCUUAGUUUGAUGAAUAUUUUUGUUUUUUAACACAACAUCGUUAUAACCUGUUUCUUCAUUUAGUACAACUCCAAUUUGUGGGUCACGUUCAGUGUUGCCAGGUCUGAGCUGAAAAAAAUCCCCAAAUGGCACUCGAAAACUUCCCAAAUUGGACCCUAAAUCCCCCAAUUUUUAAAAUCACAAUAAUUUAUAAAAAAGUGAGGAUAUUUAUCAUGGUUAUUGCCCAAAAUUAGUUAAUAUGUGUUCAUUUGUUCAUACCAUACACAGCAUAUUUUUUUUUAGGUUUCGAUGCAAAGUAGAUUGGAAACCCCACCAUUUACCGUAUAUUUUCAACCAAUAAAAGUUCAAUGUAAUGAAUUCAUCGGUUGAAUUGCGAUUGAUCUACGUAUUUUAGCAUAAGAGAGAGAGAUAUCUCUAUAUUUUAGCAUCAUAUUAAUGAAAAAUAACGAAUCUUGGUGCUUUUCAUCAAUACUUUCCAAAAAUCCCCUAAACUGCAUGAAAAAUCCCCAAAUUUAUUUUAAUCCCCAAAUAUUUUUUUUUCCAUCCCCAAAGGCUUCUCAAAAUCCCCAAAUUUUGAAAAUUUGGAGAUGGAGAUCCCCAAAUGGCAACACUAGUCAAGUUUGUAUGCAGACCUCGUUACAAACAAAAGUACUCCGACCUGGUAAUUUUCGUGCUUCUGACGAAUUUUAAUUACAUUACAGAUACUUUAAUACAGAAUUGUUUGUAAACUCAAUAAUAGAAAUCAAUAUUUCUUAUGUCAGUGAUUCAAUAAAGCAGUGGGCUUACCUAUCGCUUUACAAACAAUUAAAUCAGUAAAGUAUUUUGCAUAAAAUGAGUUUUAAGGGUUAAGUGAAAUAAGAUCCAGAAGGGCAGAAUAAAAGAAUUUAUAUGAAUAUUUCCAGGUAUCAAAUGCAAUAAAAUAAUAUAAUUUUAACCUGAA